AUGAGUCGAGGAGGAAAAUUGGCACCGGAAGUCAACCGAGCUCUCUUCGUAAAGAAUCUGAGCUUCAACGUCACCCCAGAGGAACUCUUCGACCUCUUUGGCAAGUUCGGCCCCGUGCGCCAGAUCCGCCAAGGAAUCGCCAACAACACCAAGGGCACAGCCUUCGUCGUCUAUGAAGAUGUAAUGGACGCAAAGUCGGCUUGCGACAAGCUGAACGGCUUCAACUUCCAGAACAGAUACCUCGUCGUAUUAUAUCACCAGCCAGAUAAGAUGCUCAAGGCCGCAAAUGAUCUCGCCGAGCGCCAAGAGAACUUAGAAAAGCUCAAAAAACAACACGGUAUUGAUUAG